UUUUUCCUCUCUUUCAGUUCAUACAUCUGCAUGUUGGUGGUGAGGACCAAGACCAAGCCCAGGAGCCAGAAGGGGCUGACUCCUCAGGGAGCCAGAGCCUCGCCUGUCCCCCAGCCAGGCGGGGUGCUUUCGAUGGAGCCCCACACAGAGAAGCUGGAGUUCUUCCGAAAGCUGGGCUACAGCCGGGAGGACGUUGUCAGAGUGCUGGCAAAGCUCGGCCAGGGGGCACUGGUGAAUGACAUCCUCCAGGAGCUGAUCCAGAUGGGCAGCCGCCCUCAGGCCGGGGAGAGCUAUGGGGAGAACCCCCCUCCAAAACUCGUUGCCCGGGGCUCCGGUGGCACUGCGGACCUGUCCACUCGGCUUCUGGGUGCGGAUCCUGAGGAUGAGGGGGAGGACGCCGACAAUCAUUUGAGACCCAUUGUUAUUGAUGGCAGCAACGUGGCUAUGAGUCAUGGAAAUAAAGAAAUCUUUUCCUGCCGGGGAAUUCGAUUGGCUGUGGACUGGUUCAGGGAGAGAGGACACAACUACAUCAAGGUUUUUGUGCCAUCUUGGAGGAAGGAACCACCAAGAUCUGAUACCCCUAUUUCAGAACAGCACAUCCUAGAGGAGCUGGAAAAGCAGGCGGUCCUGGUGUACACCCCAUCCCGCAAGGUCAAUGGCAAGCGGGUAGUCUGUUACGACGACCGCUACAUUGUGAAGGUGGCCUAUGAGAAGGACGGCAUCAUCGUGUCCAAUGACAACUAUCGGGACCUCCAGAGCGAGAACCCAGAGUGGAAGUGGUUCAUUGAGCAGAGACUGCUCAUGUUCUCCUUCGUCAGUGACAAAUUCAUGCCUCCUGAUGAUCCUUUGGGCCGCCAUGGACCAACUCUAAGUAACUUCCUUAGCAAAAAGCCAAAGCUUCCACAGGCCUCCUGGCAGCACUGCCCCUAUGGCAGGAAGUGUACCUACGGCAGUAAGUGCAAAUUCUACCACCCGGAGAGACUGCACCAGAUCCAGCUGUCGGUGGCGGAUGAGCUUCGAGCCAAAACCAGGGCCUUGCCGGGCUCCGAGGAGGAGCCGCGGAAGCCGGGGCCGCUUCCCUCCCUGCCUCCCCCCAGCCCGAGCCCGGAAGCCCUGUGGAGUCCCGCAGGCAGCGUCAGCAGCUGCAGUAGCUUUAGUAACAGCAGCCCGGGCUCCAGUGGGACGGAGGGGAGAGGUCCUUCUGGGGACAGGAGCCUCAGGGGAACUCUGGCCCGGAGCUGGGAGGACUGUGCUCCGGGCCGGCGGGGCCCCCCAGCAGGAGACAUCCGCUUCCUGGAGAGCCAGCUCUCCAGACUGGCGUUUGGGGAGGAUUCCUACGGUUCUGGCUCGCACGGCGGCGUCGGAAGUGCGGGGAUUCGGGGCGGGAUGAACACCGUAUACCCGGGCUGCAAUCUCAGUCAUUCCGACUGCCGCGACCCCUUCCAGCCCCCUCAGCACAGCGCGGACUGCGGCUGCUGGCACAGCCACCGUUUCCAGGAAGGGGCCCUGCCCACUGCGUAUGCUGGCAGCCCCCUGACAGGCAGAGGGGCUUAUCGUCCUGCUUCUAGGGGGCCGGACCGGGUCCUGCCGAGGACUUUUGUCCCUAGUGACCAUCCAUCGGCAGCAGAUCUGCAGCAAUCCCGACAGCAGACCGUCCACUGCCCCCAGCCUCCCACUCGGGACCCAUUUCCCUAUCCCACCCACACCACCGAGACCUGGGGAACAGAGCAAGUUCAGAAACCGCCACCUGCUCCCUCUUUUAGGGGGGACUCCAGCUGGAGGAACCGGCCCUUUAGGAGAGUGGAGAGUUAUCCACACUCCCCUGAAUAUAAAUGCCCAGCCCUGGGCUCAGCCAGUGCGGAGCGAGCCCGCGUCCGGACAGCCCUCUAUAACAUCUUCCCCCAGGCUGAGGUGGACCGAGUCAUGUCCUUGUUUCCCGACCUGGUGGAUAUCACCAGUCUAAUGUUACUCAUUGAGAAAAACCGUCGGCUUUGUCCGUGAGCUGGAAACCUGUGAGAAGUCACAGCCUUUGCGUGUGACAUCCCUGGAAUCCUUUCGAUUCUGGAGUCUAGACUGCAAACCCACUGAAAGCAACUAUUGUAAUGACAGGCCCGGGCCUCUUGGCUCUAGGCAGGGCGACAUCCAAGCGUUCCCAUUGCACAUGGAGCUCAGGUCAGGGAUGACCAGGAAAGACGUCCCAUUGUUUAGUUUGCAGUCCUCCUGUUCCCGUUUGCCAGUUUCCUGAACGGCGGUCACAGAAUCUAAAAUCCGGAAGGUCCUGAGCAAGAAUCCAAACGGGAUAAACUAUUUUGGGGGGAGGGGAGGAGGCAAUCAGUGUCAAGUGCCUUGGGUCACUGUCUGAGGCUGAAUUUGCAUUUGGGUGACUGUAGGGCUGGUACUCUACUGUGCACCCAGCUGCCCCCAGGAUUUCCUAUUAAGCAAUCUCAACAGACAGGCAUUCAGAUUUUGCUUGAAGAUUUCCAUUGUAGAGGGGAAGAGGAAGGAACUCACUAUUUCUCAAAGCAUCCCAUUCCACUUUGAAAUGAAAUAAAUUUGGAAUAGGUUUUCUUGUAAAGAA